GCAAAUGUUUGACUGAGCAAGCUAGCUUUCGUAGAAAGGAGCAAACUUAUUUGGCGAAUUAUGUCAUGAAAACAAAACAAGCAGAAACCGAAUUACAAUGUGGCUUGCAUUGCGUUGCAGACGGAUCACGUGCGUCAGUAAAUUAUAAAACAUCUGGAAUCGGUAAAGGUUUAUGUGAGCUCAACAGUAAAACAUUGCAAGAUACAUCUGAUGCUGAUGGAAGUCUGCAUAACUCUGAGUUCAGCCACCUUGAUAUAAUAAUCGAGAAG